GAGCGGCGCUAGGCGGGCGCGCCCUCUCGAAGGAAGCCGCCCGCCCCCCAUCACCGCCCCCUCCGGCGUGUUCAUGCCCCCGGGGCCCCAGGGAGCGCCAUGGCCCGAGCACGCCAGGAGGGCAGCUCCCCGGAGCCCGUAGAGGGCCUGUCCCGCGACGGCCCGCGCCCCUUUCCCCUCAGCCGCCUGGUGCCCUCGGCCGUGUCCUGUGGCCUCUGCGAGCCCGGCCUGCCCGCCGCCCCCGCCGCUCCCGCCCUGCUGCCCGCCGCCUACCUCUGCGCCCCCACCGCCCCUCCCGCCGUCACCGCCGCCCUGGGGGGCCCCCGCUGGCCUGGGGGUCCCCGCAGCCGGCCCCGAGGCCCGCGCCCCGACGGUCCUCAGCCCUCACUCUCGCCGGCGGAGCCGCACCUGGAAUCGCCGGUGCCCAGUGCCCCGGGGGCCCUGGCGGGCGGCCCCACCCAGGCAGCCCCGGGAGUCCGGGGGGAGGAGGAGCAGUGGGCCCGGGAGAUCGGGGCCCAGCUGCGGAGGAUGGCGGACGACCUCAACGCGCUGUACGAGCGGCGGAGACAAGAGGAGCAGCAGCGACACCGCCCCUCCCCCUGGAGGGUCCUGUACAAUCUCAUCAUGGGACUCCUGCCCUUACCCAGGGGCCGUGGAGCCCCAGAGAUGGAGCCCAAUUAGGUGCCUGCACCCGCCCGGUGGACGUCAGGGACUUGGGGGGCAGGACCCUCCCACCUCCUGAUGCCCUGGCCAGCGCGGGGGACUUUUUCUGCACCAUGUAGCAUACUGGACUACCAGCCCUGCCUGUCCCAGGGGCGGGCCAGGGCCGCCACUCCAGCCCCAGUCCCGGCCUAGCCUGGGGACACUGAUGGAGAUGUGGACUCCUGGGUCCCUGGCUGGGAAGCCAGGGGAGAGAGGGCUGACGGACUCAGCGUCUGAAGGCAGCGGUGACGGAGAGGGUGGGGACGGAGCCACCCGCCUCUGCCGCCCACCACCAUCUCAGGAAAGGCUGCUGGUGCUGGCUGCCCGUUCCAGCUGCAGGGGUGACACUGGGGGCGGGGGGGAACCUCCCUCCCAGUGCUCCUUCACUUUGGGCCUAGCCUCAGGCCCCUGGUGCUUCCCCCCCUCCUCCUGGGGAGGGGGCCCGUGAAGAGCAAAUGAGCCAAACGUGACCACUAGCCUCCUGGAGCCAGAGAAUGGGGUGGGUCUGAUGGCUGCCCCAGCCCAGCGCCCAGCCAUCUUCCCUGCGCCAGCCGGCGGGUGGUGGGCAUGCCUGCCUCACCUUCAUCUGGGGGUGGCCAGGAGGGGCCCAGACUGUGAAUCCUGUGCUCUGCCCGUGACCACCCCCCGCCCCCAUCAAUCCCAUUGCAUAGGUUUAGAGAGAGCACGUGUGACCACUGGCAUUCAUUUGGGGGGUGGGAUAUUUUGGCGGAAACCGCCCCAGCCUUAGUCCCCAGGGCGAAGCGCUGGGGGGAAGACGGGGAGUCAGGGAGGGGGGGAAAUCGCAGAAGAGGGAGGAGUCUGGGAGCGGGGAGGGAUGGCCCAGCCUGUAAAAUACUGUAUAUGCGCUGCUGUAGAUACCGGAAUGAAUUUUCUGUACAUGUUUGGUUAAUUUUUUUUGUACAUGAUUUUUGUAUGUUUCCUUUUCAAUAAAAUCAGAUUGGAACAGUG